AUGUGGGCGGAAUUAUCGGAUAUGACCACGCCCCUAUCCAUGAUGGGCGGGGCUUCCGCGCUUGACCGACGGGUGGUGAAGGUGCCGGGCAGCGAGCCCGAGCGGCCCCACUUCCUCUUCGUGAAGGCGCUGGCGAGCCGGGGGCGGCUGGAGGCCGUCACGCAGCAGAUGGGCUACCACCCGCAGUACCUCGACAGCUUCCUCAAGACCCAGCACUACCUGCUGCACAUGGACGGGCCGCUGCCCUUCGCCUGCCGCCACUACAUCGCCAUCAUGGCGGCCGCCCGGCACCGCUGCCGCUACCUGGUGAACCUGCACGUGCUGCAGUUCCUGCGGGCGGGCGGCGAGCCGCAGUGGCUGCGCGGCCUCGACUUCAUCCCGCCCAAGCUGCGCAACCUCAGCGAGAUCAACAAGAUCCUGGCGCACCGGCCCUGGCUGGUCACCAAGGAGCACAUCGAGAAGCUGCUGAAGAUCAGCGAGUGGAGCUGGUCGCUGGCGGAGCUGGUGCAUGCGGUGGUGCUGCUCGCGCACUGCCACGCGCUCGCCAGCUUCGUCUUCGGCUGCGGCUGCGAGCCCGAGGAGGCGCCGGGCGGCCGGGGCCCGCUGCAGCCGCUCUCGCCCGGCAGCCAGUGCUUCUGCGAGGCGGCCGGCGGCCUCGGCUGCGCCCAGGAGCUGCUGCGCGGCGGCCGCAAGCGGUCCCUAGACUCCUGCAUGGAGCUGGAUUCGCUCCGCGAGCGGAUGCAGCGGAUCCACGUGGAGACUGAGGGCAGGGAGGAGACGCGGCCGCCGCAGCAGGAGCGGGAGGAAGACCUCGACGGCGAAGCCACCCGCGCCACCAACCUCGCCUGCUACCUGCAGGACCCCGACUUCGGCUACCAGGACUUCGCCCGGCGCGACGAGGAGCAGGCGCAGGUAUUCCGGGUCCAGGAUUACUCCUGGGAGGACCACGGCUUCUCGCUGGUGAACCGGCUCUACUCCGACAUCGGGCACCUCCUGGACGAGAAGUUUCGCCGGGUGGGCGGCCUGCAGAGCAGCGCCAUGGCCAAGCGGCAGGGCUGCGAGCCCUCCGUCUUCAAGCGCGGCAUCUGGAACUACAUCCACUGCAUGUUCGGCAUCAGGUAUGACGACUACGACUACGCCGAAGUGAAUCAUCUCCUGGAGCGGAUGCUCAAAGUUUACAUUAAAACCGUCACCUGCUACCCGGAGAAGACCAACCCGGAGAUGUUCGACAGGUUCUGGAAGCAGUUCAAGCACAGCGAAAAGGUGCACGUGAACCUGCUCAUCCUGGAGGCCAGGAUGCAGGCGGAGCUGCUCUACGCGCUGCAGGCCAUCACCCAGUACAUGGUGGCGUAGGCGGCGGGGCCGGGCCGCGCGCCGCCGCGGCCUCGCUCCGCGCCCUUCCCUCCACCGUCUCGUUCCCUUUCUGUUAUUAUUUUUGUUCCGUUUCCUUUCGUCGUUGUUUCUUUCCUCCUGGUGGGGAGCGCCCCGCGGCCCCCCUCAACGUGCAAUGACCAAACUGUGAGGCGAGGCCGC